AUUAAGAGGAGUAGGAGACAUUGGCUUUGUGUUUACAUUACAUUCACGUGAUCUAAAAGGUUCAGCUGGGAUUACCCGUAUUGCACUUGUUGAAUUCUUGCUGAGGAUACUUUUCAGAACCAGCACAAAGAGGAUCUAGAUGUACAAGUAACGCCUACUAGGACCCCGACGAUGUUAACAGAGGCAAACGGGGAAUCCCACUUGGGGCCGCAUCUAGACUCACACAUCGACUCCCUCCUAGAUGUACCAACCAUGUCGCUACUGGAGUCAGAAGCCGUGUCCCCAUUUGAUUACUAUUGGAACGGUACCGAUAUCCCACCGUUCAGGCCCAGAAUGCCCACUUCGCCUAUAGCAUACACCAUCAUAAUCGUCAUGGAAUUGGUUCUAGGGACUAUGACCAAUGGGACAUUGAUCUACCUGGUGGCAUCGGUGCGCGAGUUGCGGACAUCACCCAACAUCCUCUUGGCGAAUCUUGCUAUCGGUGACUUUAUCUUUGUCCUUAUAACUGGACCACCUACCAUAGCACCCUCGUACAUGACAACCUCAUUCGACUAUUGCCGUAUGAAUCACUUCUUUUAUUUUACGUCGUUCGGCGUAUCUUCGUUCAGUCUUACCGCGAUUAGCAUUGAACGGUAUUUCGCUAUCGUGAAGCCUUUCCUAGUGCGUCGGUUGCGCAUCAUGCGCGCAACUGUGGUAAUAUGCCUUAUCAUUUGGGGUAUCGCCUGCGCGAUCGCCUCCUAUGUAUUCGUCGCCGCCGUGCCGUCGUUUCAAACCACCUGUACGUUUGCCUAUGAGGACCUGUCCUACCAUAUUUACUACGUCUUACAGCUUGUAUUCAUGUACGUCCUGCCUGUUUGCUCCAUGGCCAUCUUUUACGGUCUCUGUGCCAAGAAACUCCUACGAGAAAAGACAAUUCUACAGCGAAGACGAAGAGGGAGCGCAGAUACCAAGGCUAGGGUUCGAGUAUCAGUGAACUUGUUUCUCAUCACACUCGUGUUUACAAUCUGUUGGUUGCCUCAGUAUAUCUACACCGCUUGGCUUUUGUUUGGAUUCGACGUGUUUGUGUUCGGCACAAGGUCUAUGAGCAUUUUCCGCCGCGUCCGUAUAGUCAUGUACUACCUGGCGUCGUGUAUCAACCCCAUCAUCCUCUACUCCAUGAGUUCGUCAUUUCGACAACACCUCGCCAGGAAGUUCGGUCUCAAUCGGUUGACCGGAAGACGGCCGACGAAUAGUGAGGCCAGUGGACGCACCAGGAGUUCCGUUAUCAUUCGUACACCAUCUCUUCGUUCUAUCCCCCAGAUAGCCCUUCCGUUGGUUGACAACACUAGCAACGUAGAAAACCAUUACGUCCGUACUGCGUCAGAUGCGGUGUGAUCACGAAGAAACAUUAAACUCUCAUGACUGUAAAUAGAUGCACAUUCCAUAACUCAUUCAGUCGGGUAACUUGAACGAUUUAACUAGUGGCCAUCUGAUGAAAAAGGGUUACCUUUAUCAACAUUGAAAGAAAUAGAUGUUUAUUCUCAAUCAAAUCAUCAAAGUAUUUUUCAUUUCAAUCAUUUUUGUUUAAUGCUGUAGAAAUAUCUGUAUUCGCACAAAGGUAUCUUGAGAGGUUGAAUGUUAAAUGGUACUCAUUUGACUUUGUUCUCCUACAUGACCUGAAGGUCAAACGUCAAAAAAGGGCACAAUGCAGAUAAUUCAUCAAAGUGAAAUCGAAUGUGAAGCAAAUUUUUCCAACUAGAUGUAUGAAAAUGGGUGAAAUAAUUACAUUACACAGUCACUAUUAUUCCUAUUUUAUUUUAUGAAAUGUGAGAUAGAUUCCGCAUGAAACCCGUGGAUGUGAAAAUUGAAAAAAUAUAGAGAGAAUGUGACAUCAUCAUCUCUAUGAUUAUUGUAAUAUCACCUGCAUUGUGCAUGCAGCAUUUUUUGUGAAAUUUAAAAUGUAAAAAGCCAUAUCGUUCCUGUGUAACGCCUUAUUCUGUUCUUAGUGUUAUGCUUGUUUGAUUUUUUCUUUUUAUUCAAAACAAUUUGUUCGUUGGCUGUACUUGGCCUUUACCACCAAGUAAGCUAUCGACACAUCUGUUACCGGAAAAGGAGAUUAGGUUUUCCAGUAAAAAGAAUGCUAUUUGGAAUCUGGUAAUGAAAGGUUCUAAUGAUGUUAGUGUAACAUGAUUGUCAAAUCACGAAGCAUAUUUUGCGUUGGCGCCAGUCUAAUGAAAGCUCAUCUUUGGGGGCAUAACACAGUAGUGCACUAGUUUCUUCGUCCGACAGAUAUAAGGUGCACUCCAAAAGUAAACUGUCAAUUCACCAAUUUAUGUUGAUCUAAUACCUAUGCUCGCUUACGAGAUUAAAGAUAAAUGCCAGUAGUUGCAGUAAACACUGAUUUCAUGAGAAAGUCUG